AUGUCUUCAACAACCGUCACAGAAACCUCGCAUCAAGCCGAGCCGGCUGAAGACAACACCGCAGCGAUGCUGCGCGCCGCCGAGGCCAACCACACAAAGCCUCUGUGGCUGCAAAUGACCAGACUAAACCCCCCUCUGCCCAACCCGCGGUGCACACCCCAUCUUUGGAAGUAUUCUGAAAUUCAACCCACCCUUUUGCAAGCGGGUCAGCUUGUUACCGAAAAGCAAGCUGAGCGCAGGGUACUCAUGCUCGUCAACCCUUCCAGAGCUGGUCAUGCCCAAUGA